AACAGAGAGAUCCUUACUGGUGGUAAGAAGUUUGCUCAAAGAAAUGCAAAGAAGCAUGUUGUGGAAGAAGUUGUGUUUGAUAAAGAUUCAAGACAGGAUUAUCUUACAGGAUUCCAUAAAAGAAAAUUGGAACGUCAAAAGAAAGCUCAAGAGUUUCAUAAGGAGCAAGAUAGAUUAGCCAAGAUUGAAGAGCGUAAAAAGGCUAAAUUGGAGAAACAAAAAGAGAUGGCUGCUCAAUUGGAAAAAUUUCAAAAAUCUAUGAAGGAGUUGAGUGGACAAUAUGAGACAUCUGAUGAGGAGGAUGAUGGAGAUGAAGAUGAGGAUAAGAAAAUCGAUGUUGAAGAAGAGUAUGAAGAAUGGGAUGGAUUUCAAGAAGGUGAAGAAGAUCAUAAUGAAUCCAAAUCUAAAGGGAUUUUGAAAAGAAUUUAUGCAGCAAAUAUAGGGGGAUCAGAUGAAGACGGUACAGAAGUGACAAUAGAGGAUGUUGAAUUUAAUAAUAAUCUUGAAGAAAUUGCUAAAUUAAAUUAUGUUAAUUUACAAAAAUCUCAAAAAAUCUUGGAGGAGAGUAUAGAUCGUGCUAAAAAAUAUGCAGUUAUUGCAGGAGCUGCACCAAAGAAGAGUAUACAAAAGAAGAAGAAAUUCCGUUAUUUGACUAAAAGUGAACGUCGUGCUAAUAAUCGUAAGGCUAUUGAUAAAAAGAAGAAA